AUGCAGGCGCUUCCUCAAGUGCUGGAGGAUCGGCGACAUCGGCUGCAGACACACGAGAGCACCGUCGUACAGGAUGCAGCGCGGCAGAUGGGCGUCACAGUAGAGCAGCUCUAUGCCUGCUCGGCUGAUAUUCGCCAAUGCGGCGAUGUCAUUGAGGGAUCUGUGCUGGUGCUCGGCGUACAGACCACACACAUGCUUCUCACUCGGCUCAACGGCUCCCUCAAGUUUAUUGAAGCCGUGGUGGACGCCUGGCGCACCACGGCUGCGGUGCAUCAGGAGCACUGCGCACAGUACCGCCAACUCAUAGCGUCCAUGGACCAGGCGUACGUGGGCAUGAAGGAGCGACGCAUGGCCGCGGAGAAGGAGCUGCGGGAGCUGCGCACGGAGCGGGACCGCAGGGAGCAGGCCUACGACGCGGCAGUAGUGUACGUGCAGCGGGUCUUGGCAGAGCACACGCAGUGGCAGGAGGCGCAUGGCCACAACACGCAACGCUGGCCCAUUAUGGAAACCUGCGAGGAGGCCCUCACUGUGCUGCACGCAGCGCGAGUGGGGUCGUCUGCCGGCAAUGCGGACCGACGCAACCGCAAGGACGGCGAGAUCGGACGUGAGGAACCGCUGCUGUCUCUCAAGGACGACGUCAGCGGUAGUGCGGGUGAGGUGUCCCGCUCCUGCAACGCUAGUCUUGUGCCACCGUCGCCACCACUACGCGAGUGGGCGCCGGUUAUCGCGUCGUCCGCGGCCGACUCGAGCGAGGAGAGCGGCGAUGUGGUGCGGCGUUGGUGCUCCACAAUGGCCGGCCGACUCGCUGCCACUCAACCACAUUUGCACUUUGCGUAUGUGCCUCCCGCGGAGGAGGUACAGCUGCUGCGGGAGGUGCUGGCGAUGGGCACCGGGAGCUCCUCCCUCAUGAGGGACAUUCAGUCCGCUCAUGCACACCUUGACGAACGCUGCACACAGGUGCGCUCAGUGUGCAUUCGAAGUCUCAAUGGUCUGUAUGCGGUACGGCAGGAGCUGCGGAUUCUGAAGACGUACCUCCAGCACCUGCUUGACACUCACACCCCAUUCGCGUGCAUGACAGAGGAGCUGCUGAGCCGUGUGUGGACCUACAUGGAGGGGGAGGUGGCACGACGAGUCGCUGCAAUCGCCGCUACAGCCUCUACCACCUUACCGUCUCCCGUUGGUAGGUUGCGUAGCGGCAGCGGCACCGUGUCGCGUUUGAACAGCUAUUCGGAGAGCUACAUAGCCGUUCAGUCGUCCGGGAUCAGCGCUGUCGCCGGAAGCGGUGGCGACGUGGCGCCUGAGAGUUGGAUGUGGCCCACCGAUGUGUGA